AUGUUUGUUUUGGCUGAAAUGAAAGAUGUAAUCAGGAUUACUCCAGAACAUUUUCAUCAAAGCUUAUCAGAGUCAAUUACCACAUUACUUAAUAGGAAACUAGCAAAUAAAGUUGUUUUAAAUGUUGGUUUAUGCAUAGCUUUAUUUGACAUAACAGAUAUUGGACACUCGUACAUAUUUCCUGGUGAUGGAUCAUCUCACACUGAAGUAAAGUUCAGAUAUAUUGUGUUUCGACCUAUCGUUGAAGAAAUUUUAAUAGGAAAGAUAAAAAACUGCAGUAGAGAAGGUGUACAUGUGACCUUAGGAUUUUUUGAUGAUAUCUUAAUACCAGUAAAUGCCCUUCAGCAUCCAUCUAGAUUUGAUGAAACAGAUCAAGCUUGGGUGUGGGAAUACCCCAAAGAAGACGGAGAAAAACAUGAUUUAUUUAUGGAUUCAGGUGAGUCUAUAAGAUUCCGUGUGACAAGUGAAGCUUUUGAAGAGAUAUUUCCAACAGGGCCACCUGGUACUGAAUGCACAACACAAACAAUCGCACCUUACAGAUUAGUUGGAGGAAUUAAUGAACCAGGGCUUGGACUUCUAACUUGGUGGGAAGCGCCCGAACAAGAUGACGGUGAUGAGAACGAGGAUCAGGAAAAUGAUGAAUAA